GUGGCGUAUUGGGGUAUCACGUAUGGUAAUUGGUAUACCUCACGCAACUACUUGUCGAUCAAUGGAGGCUCCUCGGCCAGUCACGGGCUCACGGCAUGCCACCACGUACGCAGUGGGAGCUAGCAAGAACUCACAAGCCAUCUCGAUCCAUUCCUAAAUCCUCCAUCUAUAUAAUGCCUACUCCAACCCACAAGUUCGUUCCAUUAAUUCCACGUUACUGAUCUCUGUUGGUAGAGGCGACUAUCCAUCACCGGAAUCAUCGAUCUCCAGGCUGCUGAUCGCUCGCUGCAUCACCACUCACCAGCCCUGCAGCUAGAGGCAGAGGCGGCCACCAUGGUUCCCGGCGGCGGCGCUCUCCGGGGAGCGGCCACCGGAGCGCGGCCAGACAAGUCUCGCCCCCGGACGACGCGGCUCGAGAAGGAGCUCGAGGGGCUCUGGGCCGACCCGCCGGAGUGGUGCGUCCCCGGCGCCGACGCGACGGACCGCCUCCGCUGGCAGGUCGUCGUCGUCGGCCCCGAGGGAAGCCCCUACGACGGGGGAGUCUUCACCGUCCGCGUCGACUUCCCGCGCGACUACCCCUUCAAGGCUCCCAAGGUCACGUUCGCGACCAAGGUGUACCACCCGAACGUGGAUCCGAGGACCGGGCUGGUUUGCCUCGACUUCCUGACUGACAAGAACUUGUGGACGUCUGCGUGGUCGGUGGACAGGAUCCUCCUGGUCGUGGUCUCGCUUCUGCACGAGCCGGUCAUGGAUGGCGCCGCCAUCAACAGGGAGGCCGCGUACCUCUACAAGAGGAAGAGGCUAGUGUACGAGGAGAUCGCGCGGGCCAAGACCCGGGAGCACGCCUCGGCGGCGUCACCGGGUGAGCCGGCGUCUUCGUCAGAGAAGAAGGAGCGCCGCCCGUCGUCUCGCGGCGUUUCCCAGCUGUGCCGUCGUCUCUUGAGAAGGGUGGCGUCUCUUCGGACUUGAUGGGGGGCAGGGCCUGCAGCUGCAGGACGCCCUUGCCUAAAAGUUGUGCAAUGGAUGCUGCUGGAGCUGGAGUGCUGGACACGCAGGUGAUGAGUCUUUCAUCUUCAGGCCAUUCUAUGCUUGCUACUACCUUAUCAUUCGUAGCUCAACAACUAGUGUUCAGUUACGGAGAGAUUUGUACGUCGUUGUUUGGAUGGUUUAGAAAAAUGAUUGUACGAAUGAUGACAGUAGACAUCGAUGAGCUUGUGGGCGCUUAAUCAGUC